CGAUUUAGAAUUGGAUUUUAAAGUACUUUAAUUCUUCCAAUGACUAUUUAUUCUAUUUAUAAAUAUGCAUGUUUAGCUAACAAUUGAAUAUAAAAGUACCUAAACAUAAUUACAAACCUAUCGCAUAUUGAAAAGAACAAACCCUUAGUAUAUAAAUUGAUAAUCCGAGUAGCUUUAGGAGACACCAAUACACCAUCCUAGAUCGUGUAUAUAAGUACCGUAUUACAUCUACCUAAUCACCCUUCAAAACAAAAUAGAAAAAGAGAAAAAGAAGAAAAAGUAGGGAGACAGCAACAAGUACCUGAAGGUUGAACACCAACGCUCAGUGAUUAAGGUUUUGAGGUGCAACUACAGAUAUAAAGAUGAGUGAUUGGUCCAUGUUACCUGAUGAACUCCUUGGUAUAAUAGCGUGCAAGUUAGAUUCUGCUGAAGACCUUAUAUCUUUUUCGGUGGUAUGUCAUUCAUGGCAUUACGUUUACUCUACAUAUAAAACGGACUGGACUCCAAAAAUGCCAUGGUUGAUGUUAUCCGAGAAUAUUGAUGAUAACCCUGAUUAUUCCAGGAAAUUCUUUUGUCCUACUAAGGAAAAGUAUUACCAAAUUAAAGUUCCUCAAACUUUUGGGGCAAGAUGUUGGGGUUCCUCCUGUGGUUGGAUUGUCACGCUUCAUUUGAGCUUGGAGAUGUAUCUAUUUAAUCCAUUAACUAGAGCUCAAUUUCCCCUACCAUCUUUUUUAACCCUGUCUCACCAACCAGAGGAUGAGGAACUUGACCCUCUUUGGUUAAGACAAAUGUGGGUGGAGAAUCUGUUUGUUUUUGCUGAUCAAAAUGGUGAUUUCAUUGUCAUCGUUAUAUAUGGAUGUUGGAGGGGUUUCAUAGCUUAUGCAAGGCCUAGUGACCAAACCUGGAUACCAUUUCUAGAUAUAACACUAAGAGAACGUUUUCUACGUGCACAGGAUGUCACAUGUUGCCGUUCAAAAAUUAUUAUCUUGUAUGAUCAGGGAGUGCUUGGAAUUGCCGAAAUGAGCGCGUUUCAGAAUUCUCAACCUGUGUUUGUUUCGAUAUAUAAUGCUGUACCUACAAAAGAUUUUUCUCUAAGCCAAUUUUAUGGCCAAAUUUACUUAUUGGAGUCAUAUGGUGAUCUGUUUUUGGUUCUUCGACAUAAGGAUCUUAUUGAGGGUGAUCUUUGGUAUGAAACAUGUUAUUUCGAAGUACACAAGUUUGAUUUCGACGGCACUAGGUGGGAGGAUUUUAAAGACAUAGGUGAUCUCUCAUUAUUUGUGGGUAACGAUUGUGCUAUGUCGGUUCGUGCAUCACUUACUAAAAAUUGUAAAAGCAAUUGUAUUUAUUUUACCGAUGACGAGUUCCAAUUUUGGGACAUAGCCAAACGUUAUGGAGGGCAUGAUAUGGGAAUCUAUUAUUUGGUGAACAAGGAGAUCGAAAAUGUUUACGAAGGAAAUGAUACGCGUUCAACAUUUUGCCCUCCCUUAUUGUUUAUGCCCAAGUUCUAGCUUGUGGCAUGUUCUCUAUACUAUAUAUAGGAGUUGUAUAGUCUAGCGUCUGUCACUCAUCAUCAUUAAGACUUUCUAGAACUGCGAUGAUUGGUUAACUUUUAAUAGUUUUUUAUUUGGAAUAAAUUGUAUUUACAUUACAUUUUAUCUAUUCGAGUUUUUUAAUGAAUGUAUGACUAU